UGCUGUAGCUAGCAGCAGGUUUGAACCUCCUUCUUGCCCCCUGGAAUUUUUUUCCUCACACACACAGUGCGAACAGAAUGUAAUAAGCACAGAAAACACACAGGAAGAUUGUCGUACGGCAAGAGGAGUGGCUCAAUUUACUUUGUUCCGCGUUUUGAGAUAGCCGUUCUUUUUUUUUUAUGAAUGAAGAUGGUGGACGAUCUGUGGUUGCUUGAGGAGCUGGAGGAUUUGAUGCAUUUCACGGCCAGCGACCUGCCGAACCGUGGUUACAAGGUGAUGGAAGAGAUCCGCAGACAGGGCAAGCUCUGUGACGUUACCCUGAAGAUCGGGGAUCACAAGUUCAGUGCUCACAGGAUUGUGUUGGCUGCUUCAAUCCCAUACUUCCACGCCAUGUUCACCAACGAUAUGAUGGAGUGCAAACAGGACGAGAUUGUGAUGCAGGGCAUUGACCCCAGUGCUCUGGAAUCUUUAAUAAACUUUGCUUACAACGGUGACCUGACGAUAGACCAGCAAAAUGUGCAGUCCCUGCUGAUCGGUGCCAGCUUCCUGCAGCUCCAGAAUGUCAAGGACGCCUGCUGCACCUUUCUCCGAGAGAGGCUGCACCCGAAGAACUGCCUGGGAGUGCGUCAGUUCGCAGAGGCCAUGAUGUGCACAGUGCUUUACGAUGCGGCCAACAGCUUCAUCCACCAGCACUUUGUGGAAGUGUCGAUGUCCGAGGAGUUCCUGGCACUGGGGCCGGAGGAGGUGCUAGAGCUGGUGGGGCGUGACGAGCUCAAUGUCAAGGCAGAGGAGCAGGUGUUUGAGGCAGUACUGGCCUGGGUGCGGUACAAGCGGGAUCAGCGGGAGCCACACCUGCCCGAGCUGCUCUCCAAGACCCGGCUGCCACUGUGCCGGCCACAGUUCCUGGCAGACCGCGUGCAGCAGGAGGACCUGGUGCGCUGCUGCCACAAAUGCAGAGAUCUAGUUGACGAGGCAAAAGACUACCACCUGAUGCCAGAGCGACGGCCACACCUCCCAGCGUUCAAGACCCGGCAGCGCUGCUGCACCUCCAUAGCAGGCCUGAUCUAUGCAGUCGGGGGGCUCAACUCCGCAGGUGACUCCCUGAACGUGGUGGAAAUGUUCGACCCAAUUGCCAACCGCUGGGAGAAGUGUCAGCCAAUGACAACGACACGCAGUCGGGUGGGUGUGGCUGUGGUGAAUGGCCUCCUGUAUGCGAUAGGAGGGUAUGAUGGCCAAUCACGUUUGAGUACCGUGGAAGUGUUUAACCCAGAGACGGACAUUUGGACACGAGUGGCAAGCAUGAACAGUAAGCGAAGUGCAAUGGGAACAGUGGUGGUGGAUGGACAGAUCUAUGUUUGUGGAGGGUAUGAUGGAAAUGCAUCCCUCAGCUCAGUGGAGUGUUACUCGCCACAAUCAGACAAGUGGACGAUAGCGACCCCCAUGAGUGCCAGUCGUAGCGCUGCCGGGGUCACUGUGUUUGAAGGGAGGAUCUACGUCUCGGGGGGGCAUGAUGGGCUGCAGAUAUUCAAUUCGAUGGAGUACUACAACCAGCACACCUCCUCUUGGCACCCUGUGGCAGGCAUGAUGAACAAGCGAUGCCGUCACAGCGCGGCAGCCCUGGGCAGCAAGCUGUAUGUGGCGGGUGGCUAUGAUGGCUCAGGCUUCCUGAGCAUGGUGGAGGUGUACAAUUCGGCGGCUGACCAGUGGAGCUUGCUGGUGCCCAUGAACACGCGUCGCAGCCGGGUCUCGCUCGUGGCCAACUGUGGCCGGCUGUAUGCUGUGGGUGGCUACGAUGGCCAGUCCAAUCUGAACUCGGUGGAGAUGUACGAUGCUGAGACCAACACCUGGACUUUCAUGGCCCCCAUGGUGUGUCACGAAGGGGGCGUUGGGGUUGGGUGUGUUCCUCUCCUCCCAAUAUAGCACCAGCUGUCUCUAGUACUUUCUUUUACUUUUUUUUCUUAUGAAUUCCAGACGAGAGGGGGACCUAGUGGAUUAUUUGAGCAAAAAAAUAUGUAUAUAUAGCUCUCUGUAGUACUUUUCCUGGAGAGCGUGACUGGCGGAUGCAAAGCAGCAUGUGCAAUGAAGAGUGGCUGGUGGACAGUGGAUAGCUAAUUAGAUUUCCCAUCCUCUUAUCUUUUCUGGGUAUCUUAUCUUUAUUCCAGCCUAAUGGAAAGUCAGUGGAACGAUCAGAAGUUCUUUUUAGUUACAACUGUCAAGUUCCUGGUUCUUAAAAGGCUCCACGAUCACAAAGCCUCAUUCCAAACUGUCAGUUUUGUCUGCAGGGUCUAAGCAGGGUCUUGUCUGCAGUCUAUGGAUCAGUUUUCAAGGCUGGUGGAGAAAGGAAAGGUUCAAAUAUGAACCAGCACUGUUAAAAAAGGGUUCCACGGCAGUCAGUGGCAUGAUGAAGCUCCCUCCAUACAUAGCACUACCACAUUUUUUUCACAACCCUUCUAAAAUAAAUGUAGUAUAUAAUUAGGGCUUCUGACUUUCUGUUUUAACCGAUAAAACCGGGUAAACCCCCCACCCCCCCGAUACAAAAACAAUGAAGUCGGCAGACAGCCAAUAAACACCGGAAAAACUGUGGAAAUGGUUAAUCAAUUCACAUGGACUCUACCCUUUUUCCAAAAAAAA